CACAGCAGUGCCAAUCGUUUGCAAUGCUUUUCUUUCGUAUAGCACUUUUUUGUUCAACUUUUUAUUCAUUAUAUAUUUUUUGCGAAUUUUAGCAAAAAGGAGAAAAAGUAAAACAUAGCAAAAUAAAUAAGUUUUCAUUCCUCUGGAAGCAAGUACCAAUUUUGCACAAGCAUUUCAUAUGACACAUUCAUUUUAUGACUUUUACGAUAAUUUUUAUUUUAUUAACGCUCAUAUAUAUGUACUUUGGCGAGGGGCAUGAUUGUUCUUAUUUUUUGUUGAUGAACGCGUAAAGAGGCUGUUACUCCCGGAACGAGCGAAAACACCGCGCCUUUACCGAAGCGUAUAGCUAAACACAGCCAUGAAAUGCCCCGUUUGUCACCAGAAUUAAUUUUCGAUUGAUGCUUAGAUCGCACCACGAAUGAUGCAAUUGCACAUUGUAUUAUUGUAUGAGAUGCAUAAUUUAUAGAAUGUAAACAAGCUCACGGGGUGUAUAUAGUUUGAGAUUUUUUUUUUUUUUGAACAACGCACUUUAAAAAAAAGGGGUAGAAAAACGUCUUAAAUUAAAGAGACAGAAGAGAAUAUUACAUUCAAGGACAUAUCAUAUGUGUAAUUUUUUUUUGUUUAAAGAGAGUCCCCCUUCUUUUUAACGCUACCAUUUUUUUGAUUCCCCAAUUUUUUCUAAUAAUACAUGUAUAUAUAAAAAUUAUGUUGCAAAGAUGGAUUCGUACGAAGCUAAAAAGAAGGAGCUGUAUUUGAAGAGGAAAGAUAUAAAUUUAUAUUACCAUCCCAUCAAGACGAUAAAACUUUUUUUCUUGGAACUGAGAAAUAUCAUUUAUAAGACCUACAAGAAAAAUAAAAAAUACAACAAGGUGAUACUCCUUGGCAUCAUACUGGUAUUGUUUUUGUUCAAAAUAAGAUAUAAAUAUGAUUACCUGAACAACUUUUUAAUUUACAUAGAGUGCAUAAUAUGGUGGCUGUCACUGGGAAUUUUAAGUAGCAUUGGGUUGGGGUGCGGUAUGCACUCGGGGGUACUGUUUUUGUUCCCACACAUUUAUUUCAUUUGCUCAACUUCGGAGUACUGCAAUUCGUUGAACUUCGACUCCAGGGUGAACAUGUGGGGGUCCCUGCUGACGUCCGGGAAUUACUUUGAGUGUAUAACUAAGAACGACGGGAAUAUAACCUUGUCAAGAUUAUUCAUGAAAAUUUACCCGUAUUGUCUAGUAUGGGGAAUAGGAACCGCGCUGGGAGAACUGCCACCGUACCUCACGUCGUACUACGCAUCUAAGUCUACACUGAACGACGAGGAUUAUGAAGAAUUCGAAAAGGACAUAAAAGAAGGAAAGCGAAACAUAAUAAUCGCCAUGAAAAUAUGGAUGAUAGAUUUUAUUAAGAAGCACGGAUCCAUUUCUGUUUUCCUUUUGUCAUGCUGGCCAAAUGUGAUGUUUGAUCUGUGCGGAAUUUGCUGUGGUCACUUUUUGAUGCCUUUCGGGAGCUUCUUCAUUCCGCUGCUUCUAGGGAAGGCCGUUGUUAAAACCAUAUUUCAGAGCAUCUUCCUAAUUUUUAUGUUUUCAAAUAAUUACAAAGGAAUGCAGUUGAAAAUGAGGCAGAAGGCGUUAUCCAUUUUCCCCCUACAUCGCAUUUUUAAAAACAUGGACCCGUCUUCUCUCGAGAAUUAUAUAGAUGAAAAGAUCUCGAUUUUGAAAUAUGGGCAGAAAACAAAAUCCAAAAUGGAUUUUAUGUUUUUAUUUAACAUAUUUUUUUUUGUAGUACUUAUAUUUUUUUUUAUUUCCUGUGUAAAUCAGAUAGCCCAGAAGUACCAGAAGAACAUCGACAACGAAGAAUUAAAAAAGUACAAAAACGGGAACGACGAAGUUUUGACGAAGAAAUCAAAGAAAUGAAGAUUUCCCCCUUGGACACAAAAUUAAGCAUUUUUAUAAGUCACUUCCACGAUGCACGCACAGUUGUGAACUACAAGAUUUAGCCUGCCAUGUGUAUGUAUACCAGCCUACCCGUGCAUAUGCAUUUUUCAUCAUACCGUGAGUUUGACUUAAAAGGAGAUGAAACACGAAUUUUGUUUAGUCAUUUAUUAUAGCGCAAAAUCGCGAUUCCUAAUGUGCUUAUUGCACGCAUGUAUUAUACCUACGUGUGUAUAUAUGUGUAGGUAUAUACGCAUGUAUAUGUGCGCUUCACUGUUUUUAUGGCCGCCUGUGCGCAUAAGUAGAGGGGGGGCACCAUGCAUAUGCCUAUCUUUCCAUGCGCGUAUGCAUGUGCACGAGGCGAUCUAUUUAUGUGCAUAUGUGCGUAUGUACUUGUAUCUAUGUGCACCCUGUGCGUAUGUACUUGUAUCUAUGUGCACCCUGUGCGUAUGUACGUGUAUCUAUGUACACCCCAUGUGUAUGUACCACUUCUGAAUGCUCACCUAAGAGCUGACUGUUGGCUCACCUUUUGAAAACCAUUUAUGUCGUUUAAUUUUUUUGAAUUGCAUUCUCUUGUCAGGAUUGUGUUUUAGCAAUUUUCUGUAAGAUAG